ACCUCGGGGCGGCACGCGGGUAGGUAGGCUACAGCCCAGAGGAGGGGGAGCCGAACGAGCUGGUGGCUUUCUUCCCCUCCCCGCGCAGUGCGUGGGUCUGAGGGUCGUGGAGUGCGGAGCGCAGGGCUUGGCUUUGCCUCCCCGGUGCGUGUGAGUGCGGCGAGAGCCGUCCUGCGCGUCCACGAGUUGGAGGGGUACCAGGCAUCUGUCCGGGCAUCGGCGCCCCCCACCCCCAUCUUUAAACGGUCGCCCCCACGCGUACACUCCAGUCACCCGAGAGUUGGUCUUCGCGCUCCGGCGCCUGCCUCCUCACGCGCCCCCUCCCACCGAUCCCUGUUCCCGCCGGGUCACUGACUCGCAGUCGGUAGUUGGCUUCGUCCCUGGGGUCCCUGCUUGGGGGCGGAGAAGAUGGCUGGAGGACGUCUGCUGUUGGGGGGCGACUUCCUGUCGCCGCCGCCGCUGCCGCCCCUCCCGCCGCCGCCGCUGCCGCCCCUCCCGCCGCCCCCGCCAGAGCCAGUGCUGGAGCAGUGGCGCUAUAGCCACGAAAGUGACUGGCAGUGGGCUCUGCGGCGCAGCUUCAUCUGUCGGCACCUGCACAGCUAUCCGGGGGCUGCCCUCGACCAGCUCCUCGCUCUCUCCGCCGCCUGGACCAACCACGUUUUCCUGGGUUGCAGGUACAGCCCACGCUUGAUGGAAAAAAUUCUCCAAAUGGCUGAAGGUAUUGAUAUUGGAGAGAUGCCUUCAUAUGACCUAGUACUGCCCAAACCUUCCAAAGGCCAAAAACGCCACCUCUCAACUUGUGAUGGUCAAAAUCCUCCCAAAAAGCAAGCCGGUUCCAAAUUCCAUGCGAGACCUCGUUUUGAGCCUGUACAUUUUGUAGCUAGUAGUUCAAAUGAUGAAAGACAGGAAGAUCCUCAUGGCCCUCAAACGAAAGAGGUAAAUGAACAAACACAUUUUUCCAGCAUGUCAAGAGACAUCUACCAAGAUUACACUCAAGACUCCUUCAGUAUACAAGAUGGAAAUUCUCAGUAUUGUGACUCAUCAGGAUUUAUUUUCACAAAAGAGCAGCCUGUAACCGGCAGCAUGUGUUUUAACAGUGGCAACCCUGCCCCAAGCAGCACAUCACAGCAGGCAAACUCUCAGUCAGCUGCUGAGCCUUCACCAUCGCAGACGUUUCCUGAGUCACUGGUAGCCGAGAAGCAGUAUUUUAUUGAAAAAUUAACAGCAACUAUCUGGAAGAACCUUUCCAAUCCAGAGAUGACUUCUGGAUCGGAUAAGAUUAAUUAUACCUAUAUGUUAACUCGUUGCAUUCAAGCAUGUAAGACAAAUCCGGAAUAUAUAUAUGCUCCUCUAAAAGAAAUCCCUCCUGCUGACAUCCCCAAAAAUAAAAAACUUCUAACAGAUGGUUACGCUUGUGAAGUGAGAUGCCAAAAUAUCUACUUAACUACAGGUUAUGCUGGCAGCAAGAAUGGGUCCAGGGAUCGAGCUACUGAGCUAGCUGUAAAACUCUUGCAGAAACGUAUUGAAGUUCGAGUUGUCCGGCGGAAAUUCAAGCACACAUUUGGAGAGGACCUUGUGGUGUGUCAGAUUGGCAUGCUUUCGUAUGAAUUUCCUCCAGCUCUGAAACCACUGGAAGACCUGGUGGUGCUAGGUAAAGAUGCUUCCGGGCAGCCGAUUUUUAAUGCUUCUGCCAAACACUGGACCAAUUUUGUCAUUACAGAAAAUGCAAAUGAUGCAAUUGGUAUUCUUAACAAUUCUGCCUCAUUCAACAAAAUGUCAGUUGAAUACAAAUAUGAGAUGAUGCCCAAUCGCACAUGGCGUUGUCAAGUGUUUUUGCAAGAUCACUGCUUAGCUGAAGGUUAUGGAACCAAGAAAACAAGUAAACAUGCAGCUGCUGAUGAGGCUUUGAAAAUUCUUCAGAAAACACAACCCACCUACCCAUCUGUUAAAAGUUCACAAUGCCAUACAGGCUCUUCACCCAGAGGGUCCGGAAAGAAGAAAGAUAUAAAGGAUCUUGUAGUUUACGAGAAUUCUUCAAACCCCGUGUGCACACUGAACGACACUGCUCAGUUUAACCGAAUGACAGUUGAAUACGUCUAUGAAAGGAUGACAGGCCUUCGCUGGAAGUGCAAGGUGAUUCUAGAGAGUGAAGUAAUUGCAGAAGCAGUUGGAGUCAAGAAAACUGUCAAAUAUGAAGCUGCUGGGGAAGCUGUGAAAACCCUCAAAAAGACCCAGCCAACUGUCAUUAACAACUUGAAGAAAGGAACUGUUGAAGAUGUGAUUUCACGAAAUGAAAUUCAAGGCCGCUCAGCAGAGGAAGCUUACAAGCAACAAAUCAAAGAAGAUAACAUAGGAAAUCAGCUGCUGAGAAAGAUGGGUUGGACGGGUGGUGGUUUAGGUAAAUCCGGUGAGGGUAUCCGGGAGCCUAUCUCGGUCAAAGAGCAGCAUAAACGGGAAGGCCUUGGUCUUGACGUAGAGAGGGUCAAUAAAAUUGCCAAGAGAGAUAUUGAACAGAUCAUCAGAAACUAUGCCCGCUCCGAGAGCCACACGGAUUUGACUUUCUCUACAGAGCUGACUAAUGACGAACGGAAACAGAUACAUCAGAUUGCCCAGAAGUAUGGUCUUAAGAGUAAGUCUCAUGGGGUGGGCCAUGAUAGGUACCUGGUGGUAGGUAGAAAAAGACGGAAGGAAGACCUGUUAGAUCAGCUCAAACAGGAAGGCCAGGUGGGGCAUUAUGAACUUGUUAUGCCUCAAGCAAAUUGAAAGCUUAACUAAUUUAUUUUGUAAAUGCCUACGAGGCAGAUUUGUGAAUUAAAGAAAUGCUACGUGUUCUGGUUGCAGACUCUAUUCAUUCUUAAGAUGUUUCACCUUGUUCAUUUCAUAAUAGUGCUUUAUUAUUAGAUAUUGGAAUCUGAAGAAUUCUGUUCACUUGUAUUAGCUUAACCCAGCAGAUAAUAAUUGUGCAGUUUACUGUUGUGUCUUUGAUAUUGCUGUGUCCCUCAAGAUUUUAGUAGUUUGUUUAAGCAAGAAUACAUAUCCAAGUGGAAUUUCACCCUGGUAAAGAAAUUCUCAUUUUAAAAGGCAUAGCACAGCAAUCUGCAACAAUAUGUAAAGUUAAUAUUAAGUACCAUAAAACUGCAGUUUUAUUUCCAGACUUAUUGAAAAUGUCAGAUCAUUUUGUAUUAUCAAUCUUCAUCUAUGUGUGAAUGUUUAACAAUAAAUCGUGCUGUAUGUGUAAAUGUCCUUACAAAGUGAUGUAAAAUUUUUCUUAAAGUAAUUUUAGUGUUCAUUUAUUUAUAACUUCUACCAUGUGAUUUCCAGAAUAUUGGAAGUAAUUUACUGUAUCUUGUGAUAUAUGAGUUUUAACAAAUUCUAGUCUUCAUGCUGAGAGAGCACUACUUGAGAGAGCAAUUGAAAAGUUUCACAAACUGACUCAGUCUGAAGAAAGGAAGCUUGAACUGUUCUUGGUGCCUUGUAGAGAGAUUCACAGCAACUCUCCAUUUUAGCUUUCACACGGUUUGGGUGUACAGCACAUCCAAGACAACCACAGCUGUGGUAGAGCUUGGUAAAAGACUGAGGAUCCAUUGGUGCUUUGAUGAAAAGGUCAGUUGGCUGGUUCCUCUCUCAAAAAGCUUGUUAAGCCCGAAAAGCCAACUUUGUAACAUACUUAAAACUGCUAUUUUCGCUUAUUUCUGGAAUGUAAAAAUAAUGUAUAAAAAGACUUAGUGUAUGCUUCCUGAAUAAAAAGGAGCCAAUGUUGAUCAAGAUGGUGGUGUGCCUGUUUCUGAGCAGCAGCCUAGUAGCAACACUUUCAGUCCUUAGAGAAGGGAAGUAGUGUCCACAAAAUCUUUCAGCACCAAAGCACAUGUGGAGGAAUAGAAUGAUUAGCAGAUAGGAAUCGGUCACCUAUCACAUUUUUCAUAUGGACUAACAUGUUGACUUCAACUAAAUCUUGGGCUGUUCACUUGUAUGCGAUUUUGGUUUUGUGCCUCAGGUAAAUCAAGUCUAACUUCACCUGUAACAGCACAGUUGAAUAUUGAUAGUGAAACACCUCCAGUGAAAUGAUGUUCAGGACAAGUAGGUUAUUUGCAGUAUCUUAUAACAUUACAUUUGAUAUGUAAUUGGCCCACAAUAACAAUGAUUGUCCCCUCUUUUUUGUGUUUUACAUUAAAAUGAGCAUUAUAGUUUAAUGAAUAUUUUUAAAAUCUAAAGGGAUUAGCCUUACAGCUGGAUCUCUGUGACUUGUAGUCUCCUAUAAUGACUAACACAGCAUGUGGUAUUUGCUUUCCACUCUCUUCCUUCCUACACUGUGAGGUCUUUCCCAAUGCUGGUAGGAAGAAAAAUGAGGUAUGUGUUUAUUUUGGGCACUUGAUAUUUUAAUAACUGGUGAAAAAACUAAGCUAACAUCUUUAUAUAGUUGGUAGUUUUUGUUUUUCUUGUUAAACUAUAAGGUGCAUGCUGACCUAGAGCUAUGAUUAGUGAGUCAGGAAAAAGCUUGAUUUCUUUGAAUAAGAGUAGCUGUGGGUAUUAAGGGAUCUUAGAACUUGACUCAUUUCUGUCUUCACAUUUCUUUCUCCUUCCCUAAUGGAGUUUUCUUAAAGAAAAGAUAGGAAGUGUUACAUAUAAAUUGGUUUGUUUAUAUGAGUUAAACAAAACAUAAAUAUAUGCAGCUUAAAAGGCUCAAAAGUAAUUGGGCUGAAAAUACACAAAUUUGGUUCCUGGAUUUGAGGAGCUAGACUUCCUAACUUCUUAGAACAAAUUUGGCAGUGAUGCGGAUGCAGGAUUAGAGUGAAGUCACUAAACUCUGCUUGAGAAUAAAAUAAUGUUGAGAAGUGGGGUUGGUAAGAAUGAGCUGCUGACAACCUUGCUGUUGCAUUUUGUUCUUUUAAUUGAUUCCUUUAUUUUCCCUUUCUUUGAAAUAGCAGGGACGUUCAACCCAGUAACCUUGCUCUAAAACCUGCAUAGGUAUAUGAACAGUUUGAAGUUUUAUUUGGAUUGCUUGCAUAUGUUACACUGGGGAACUAACUCUUCCUCUCCUUUGAUUGUAAAAUGAUGGGCUUAUCAUUGAUGUAUUCCAGUGCAUUCCCAUUGUUAGGAGUAACCCCUGAAGCUGAAGCUGGGGUCCUAAAUAAAGGACUCUAAUUACAACUUUGGUUCUUCAUCAUUCCCCAUAUCAGCAGGUGCAGAAUUGAGGGCUUAAGUUCCAAUCUGAGUGCCAUUUGAAAAGGGACUUUGCAAGUCCCUUUUACUUUUUGUUACAGGCAGGCAGCACAUUGUAAAGGGGGGAAAGAGGCAAUCAACGUUGAACGGUCAAAUUAGUGGUUUGUGGUGCCUUAUCUGUGGACAUGGUGUUUUGGGAGGUCAGCUUGCAUCUGUUGUGAGGUUUUAAAAGGAUUGUCCUGUGAAAGAUACUGGGAAUAGU